AUGUCAGCAUUCGAUACCGCCGUUGUAGACUCCAAGAAGCUUACUUCCAAGCCUGGAAACGAUGAGCUCCUAGAACUUUACGGGCUUUACAAGGUUGCGACUGGCGAGGAUAUCGCGAAGGCCGAGGCACCUGGCAUGUUUGACCUCAAGGGCAAAGCGAAGAAGAAGUCGUGGCAGAAGUAUGUUGAUGAGGGUUUGAGCCAGGAUGCGGCCAAGGAGCAAUAUGUUAAGCUCGUUGGGACUUUGAAGGAGAAAUACGGGUACGAUGCGAACAAGGCUCCUGAGGCUGUUGGAUCUUAG